AAUCUUAAGAGUUAUUUAUUAAGUAGUGUUGUAGUUUUAUUUCUUUUUAAUCUUUAAAAUUAUUCGAACACUCUUCUUUACAAUCUGUUUUUAAAUCCGAUAAUGAAAAAGCCAGUGUGAGAACUCCUCCGAAGCCGUUGGUGCGCCGCCUUCUUAACAACACAGGCCCAACAAGGGAACUCGGCCCCUCACGUGUAAUAGGUUUUUUUUUCAGGUUUCAGAAUGGAAGGUUUCCAGAGGAUCCUAUCCACGGUUUUUUUUUUAAACGAGAAUCGAGCUCAAAAGCGGCUAUUUUGUAAUGUGUGACGAAAACCCGUGCCUUACGCUAGAACGAACCCACGAGGUAGCGGUGACGCCACAAAGACCCUUUCUUAACUUCAGCACGUUACUUUUCGUGAUUCUAGCCUGUACUAAAAUGAUCCCAAUAAAGCCUGGGGGCUUAACCUCCUUCUAACACCCUGUGAACAUCCAAUUGCGAGGUUUUUAAUUACCAUAAAUGUCCAUGGUACACUAAUGCCGAUGUGCUUUGCAAGUUGCAGAAUACUUGCUUACUGCUUCGCUAAGCAACCACUCGCAGUGUUAUCACUGUUAUUUUCUGCGCAAAAGGGGUCGCUAUUUUAAUGAUAGUCUGAAAUAUCCUAUAUGAGUUGAUUGAUUAGUAAUUGCGUGCGAAGUGUAAAGAAAAUAGAUAACAGUUUAUAAGUAAGGCACGCAAGACUGAAACAUGUCCUUCUCUCUGAUAAAUUGGCAGGAGUUUCGAGAUGUGUGGAAGUUUCUAUCCUAGGGGGGUGAGGGGAUUUGAAUACAGCAUGCCGAGAGGUUCGACGUAUUUUGACAUUUUCCCUUUUCUGUCUUUCUUGAGGUUGACACCUUUGAAUGUGGUCAUUUGGUGGUAGAUAUAACUACGUAGGUAUUUUAGGCUAAGACUUUACCCCUCGUAAGGUUAGUGGCAAAGUGAGGGUUUUAAUUUUUAUUCUUCGCCGAGGAGAGAGAGGGGGCAUGGAAUUGUGGUCCCCCCCUUGUCAUGCCCCCACACCCCCCUGGCCUAGCGUCUAACUUUCCAAUAUCUGUACAGACUUGGCACUAUCGCAGUCUAGUGUUGACUUUGUACAUAAUUUCCUUGCCUUAACCCGACAAACUCUAUAACUUUGUACACAAUUUUCUUUCGGCAAACCAUUCAUCAGAUGGAACACAAGAAUUGAUCUGAUUUUCAAGAGAUUUUGCAGUGGAGAAGAUGAAGCAUCUAUUUGCUGCACUGCUUAUACUGUACUACGCAUGCGCAGGUCGUUGUCAUGACGAUGAUAACGUAACACCACAACUCCCAGAUCACGUGAUCAAUGAGGCAGAGAAAGAGGCGAAGCGAGAAAUAGAUGAAGACAAAACCGAAAUAGCUGGCCAACAGCCGCUGGCCAGACACCAUCACUAUAAUCGUGUGGUGCCGAAGUGGGAGCCUUUGCGUAAAAGAGUUAAUCUUAUGGAGCGAACAGCGAGGAAACUUGCAAGGAAACUUGGUAUUCCCGUGGUAGACGCGGCAAAACUAGUUCAGCAAAAGCAUCGGUCUCGUCGUCUGGCGGGCGAGUGGAGCUCUGGAGGUAUAGAAAACAAGACGUGUGAAUCAGACGAGCGCUAUCGCUCCAUUAGCGGGAUUUGCAACAACUUCUUUAACAAAUACUGGGGCGCUGCCUUCUCUCCCUUUGCGCGUGUCGCUAAUGCAGCAUACGCUGACGGGAUGUCAGCACCGCGGGCGGCGGUGGGAGGAGGAGAUCUGCCCAACGCUCGUAAAGUCAGUUUUACAGUAUUCAAGGAGGAAGAUCGCCCUUCCACGAAGGUCUCCUAUAUGAGCGUGGCGUUUGGCCAGUUUCUCGAUCAUGAUAUUAGUCAUGGUGGUCAACCUGACAUUAACUGUACGGGGACUUGUGGACUGCAAGGAGAAUGCAUAGGUAUCCCGAUACCCGCGGAUGACCCGCACUUUCCCACGAAGAACGUUACGUGUAUCGAGAUGAGGCGUGACCUGCCAUUCAUAGAGCCUUCUGGAGCUGUUUCACCUCAACGAGAGCAGUUGAACAUCAAGUCUUCAUUCAUUGAUGGGUCUCAGAUAUAUGGUGACAAGCCUGAAAGUUUUAGUGAUGUGCGCUACCCAGGUAAAGAAUGGCUCCUACAAGUUCAGCCUAACCCUACCGGGGGCAAAUGCCUCUUACCUCCCCAGCAUGGAGGGUUUUGUCGAAGUCCUCAUGUUCAGUCGAUGCCGUGCUUCCUAUCUGGCGAUAUGAGAACCAACGAAAAUCCAGGUCUCCUAUCAAUGCAUACGAUUUUCCUUCGUGAACACAACCGAAUCUCAAGCGAACUAAAAAAGCUAAACCAACAUUGGACAACGGACAAGCUUUACCUGGAGACGCGCAAGAUUGUGAUAGCCGAACUGCAGCACAUCACCUACAACGAGUUCCUCCCGACAAUACUCGACACUAGAACGAGAAGUCGAUAUGGUCUCGUCCUGAGGAAAAGAGGCUUCUACAAGAAUUACAACGCUGCUGUCAACCCGUCCAUAAUUAAUGCAUUCGCCAGCGCCGCGUACCGCUUCGGUCAUAGCCUUGUCAGGAAUAUCGCGCAUCGUUUCGGAGCAGAAAACGGCACAAUACUAAUGAACCGGACGUGGGACCCCACCCCAAUCUACGGCAAGGGAGGGGUAGAUGCGAUCCUGAGAGGACUGUCUACUGAUGCUUCUCAACAAGCUGAUGCAUUCUUCGCAAAGGCUGUCCACGAACAGCUUGUACGACACACAGGCGACCUCGCCGAUCUCGCAGCAAUCAACAUACAACGCGGACGAGAACAUGGAAUUCCUGGCUACAACACGUACAGAGAGAUCUGCGGACUGAGGAAUGUACGGAGCUUCUCAGAACUUCUCAGUGAGAUCCCUAAUAGUCACAUCGUCAACUUGAGAAAUGUGUAUGAGCACGUGGAUGACAUUGACUUGUUCGUUGGUGGAAUGAUGGAGAGGCCCUUGCCUGGAGGGGUAUUGGGUCCUACUUUCAGCUGUUUGCUCGGGAAGCAAUUCUCGAACCUUAGGAGAGGAGACAGAUUCUGGUACGAGCAUCACAAUAGUCGCACGGGCUUCACGCGAACUCAGCUCCAGUCCCUCCGCAAAACCAGCCUGGCACGCCUUAUCUGCGACAACGGUGAUAAUAUCCAGCGGGUUCAGCCAAGAGUACUAGCUGUGCGCGGGGAGGGCAACGAAUUGGUGGGAUGUGCGUCACUACCCCGGAUUUCGCUUAGAUUGUGGCGUGACUGUCCUUUCACAGGCCACAGAAAGCGCUGUAAAGACUUUGGUGACAAGACUACGACGUGAGGCGGAAUUAACGUUUUGCAACUAUGAAUUUUAUUAGAAAUCUAGGAAUAGCAGAGUAAUGGCAUAAGUCACUACGUUAAUUGCUCAUUCCACCUCCGUAUUUUCAGACGUCAGACGCCACAAUAUUUUUCCCGAGUGGAUCCAGGAAAAAAUACUGAACUGUUUACGAAUAAUUUAAAUAGGUUCGGAUUACCCUGUUUCUGAGCCUCGAACGUCUCUCUAUUUAGAGGCCAGCGAGCUACCGCGGUAAAGCUCCUCGGCACUGGAGCUCCGCUGGCCAAUGAACAGAGACGUUCGAGGCUCUGAGGAGGGUAGAGCUGGACCCACGCCUGUUGUUAAACGUCUCUUGAUUAAGUUAUGCGGUGAUUAUAUAGGAUGUUUUACUCAAUGUCGGAUUCCGUUCACAAAUUAGUUGUGCAAAAAAAUGUAUUCCUUAACGACAGCUUGUAUGCAUGAAGCAGCUUCGGUCUAAAUAAGUACUGUAACAAGAAAUAAAUCUCAUUCGUGGUUUGAAUUUGAAA